GGGAUUUCGAUCCCGUCUGUCUGGAAACCGGCAUGAGGAUCCCCCAUUUUGACGAACGGCUUUUUUCCUGAAUCGGUAGAGUUGCCCGCCACACGAUCGAAAUGAUCUGUUUCGUAUUAUUCCUGAUCGUUCCGAUAGCCCUCUUAUUGUGGUAUAAACGCGCCGAUGCGGAUCUCACGCUGCUCUGGAAGCAUUUCUCUGGUCAGGACGAGCUUUCAAAAUACAAAGAUCAAGUGGUGUGGAUAACGGGCGCCUCAUCCGGUAUCGGUGAAGAAAUCGCCUAUAGUUUUGCGUCCCUGGGUGCGAGAUUAAUCCUGAGCGGAACGAGAAUUGAAGCUUUAAUGAAAGUUCAGGAGCGAUGUUUGGACAAAGGCUCCCCGAAAGCUAUCUGCGUGCCGUUUGAUGUAGCGGAGCAUUGGAGCCACGAGGAACUGCACAAUCAAAUCAUAGCUGAGUUCGGUGAAAUCAAUCUACUUGUGAACAACGCAGGCCGGUUGCAACGAUCCGAGUUCACAGCGACGAAUGUUGAUGCGGAAAAAGAGCUCUUCAAUGUCAACGUCUUUGGCAUCAUCUCACUAUGUCGCGUGACAGUCAGACACUGGCUCAGAACGGGUCAGGCUAAUGCUCAAUUAUACGUCACUUCGAGCGCUGCGGGUAAAAUGGGGUCACCGUUCAGCUCGAGUUAUGCGGGCUCUAAGCACGCUCUACAUGGGUACCUGGAAACACUUCGCGACGAGCUCAGCUGUAGCGGAUCGGAUAUUCGGAUAACAAUCGCCAAUCCGGGACCAGUCCGAUCCAACCUUCGAGCAAACGCGCUCACGGAUAAGAUCGGUAAGAAGUACAAUCGUGACGAUUCGACGAGUCAACGGAAACUGAUGGAAACCAAACGUUGCGCGGAACUCAUCGUGUCCGGGAUCGCCCAUGGUCUGGAUGAGCUUUGGAUUGCGGAUCAACCCCUAUUACUUCUUUUCUACGUCUACCAGUAUUUCCCGAGCAUUUUCCGUCGGUACCUCAUCAACUACGUUAUGACCAAGAAACAAAUCGAAAAGUUCCGGAAAGGAGAAUAGUUUUUGUUGAUUUUUUGUAUGGCUGGUUGAGAUUUGAUAUAACUUGAAUGCACUCAGAGUUUAGCGGUUUCUGAAGAUGAGCUUUUUUCUACAUUUAGAGAUCAAAAUAAAAAAACAUCGAACACUAUUUUCUGCUGAGCCCAAAGGCUCCCG